AAAUCAUAAAACCUCAGAAGUCGGAAGACCUCAAGUGAUGCUUUUUACUCGAGACAGAAGAAGAUGAUGAAGCAAGCCCGCUCUUUGCUCUCCAGGAGCCUUUGUGACCAAAGUAAGUCACUUUUCGAAGCUUCGACGUUGCGUGGUUUUGCAAGCUGGUCAAAUUCUUCAACCCCUGGACGUGGAUUCCCUGGUAAAGAUGCCGCAAAGCCUAGUGGUCGAUUGUUCGCACCUUAUUCUAUCUUCAAAGGAAAAGCUGCUCUCUCUGUUGAACCUGUUCUUCCCAGUUUCACUGAAAUCGAUUCGGGAAAUCUUCGGAUAGAUCGUCGUGGAUCCUUAAUGAUGACUUUUAUGCCUGCUAUUGGUGAGCGUAAGUACGACUGGGAAAAGAAACAGAAAUUUGCUUUGUCACCUACUGAAGUUGGAUCCUUAAUUAGCAUGGGUUCCAAAGACAGCUCCGAGUUUUUCCAUGACCCUUCCAUGAAAUCAAGUAAUGCUGGUCAAGUCAGGAAGUCACUGUCAGUUAAGCCCCACGCAGAUGGUAGCGGCUACUUCAUCUCAUUGAGCGUUAACAAUAGCAUCCUCAAAACCAAUGACUAUUUUGUGGUUCCUGUCACAAAAGCUGAAUUUGCAGUGAUGAAGACAGCUUUUAGUUUUGCUCUUCCACACAUCAUGGGUUGGAAUCGGUUAACUGGUCACGUUAAUACUGAAGCUCUGCCGUCGAGGAAUGUUUCUCAUCUAAAGACUGAACCACAGUUAGAGCUGGAGUGGGAUAAAUGAAAUGAUGAGAGUAGUAGGAACGGAGUAAAUUGAAAAUGCAUGUGUUCUUUUUUCUGGCAUUUGGUGCACACGAAACUCGGCAUGCUCUGUUUUGAAACUAAUAUGUCCUCUCUAAGACUUCUAAAUCAUGGGUCUUCUUGUUUUCAUUAGCACAUAUGUUAUUUAGUACAAGCAUUUUGGUUUCAACUUGAU